AUGAUAUACGUUCUUGCUUUCCUAAAAUAUUUAAAUCUUAAAAACGCUUUGUAUAAGGUUCAUUUUCGUUGUUCGAAAGUUUAGAAAGGUAACUUUGUUGGUCGAUAUCUUCCUCCCUCAAUGUAGUUAUUUGAAAAUGGCUGACGAAAUAGCGAAAAGAAAUUUUAGUCAUAUUUUGACGAACGUAGGGCGAAAAUUUGACAUCUUGCAAACUAAGUGGACAGGCAAUAAACUUUUUGAGGCGAAAUUCCGGACAGAAAUUCCGAGAAAUAACGAUGAUUACAAUACUCUAUGCGAUCAGUGGGUCGAUUUAUUUUCCCAAAUGACAAACACUGUGUGGGUUAAGAAAAUAUCGAAUACGGGACCGAAAAUAAGAUUUCGCAAACAGUAUCAAUGCUGGACGCAGCCAGAACAAAUUAUCAAAAAGGAACUGUUGUUUGACGCUCGAAGGUGUAGGGCUACUAUUGAUUUGAAAGUUUUGGCUGAUAGCCCACAAUCGAGGAAAAAAUUGAAACAUCUGAGAAUUGGCUUAAAUGUUGUAGUUAAGAUGAAUUUCUCCCAUCUCCAUGAACUGGACACCUCCAAGGAUUUUGCUUUUUUUGUUCACCUAUGUGAGCCGCUUCCUGAGGUUCCAAAGCAGGCUGUGCAACCGAAUCCCAUGCUUCCGCAACUAGUGGCGAAAAUGGUGGAAAAAGGUCCAAUAACUUCAAGGAAAGCGGCCGAACGUGCAGAAGAAGCCGUUAAAAGACAGUGUUUACAGUCGUCAUUCCAAAGUAAACCUUUAAUGGACAGUACAUUGAAUACCUCGACACCAACUGUGCAAAUACUUCAAAAUGUUCCUCUCAAUAAUGUCACUACAGACAAUCUCAACCCAAAAAAUCAGUCUUAUACUCAAAUUGUUGUUAAUUCGCCAGAUGGGCAAGCCACAGAAACAUUUUUAAUGUGCCAACAGUUGAUGUUUGAUGCAUCCUCUCAAAUUAUACAAGAAGUCAUUCCAUUAACGACUUCCAGUUUGGCAGGUGAUACAUAUAUACAAGUGCAAAUACCCGACUUGAAUGGAGGAACACUUUAGUGACUUGCUCAUUUAUAUAAACCGGACCUAAUUUAUUUUCACACUAAACGUAUUAAUAAAAGAUAA